UAAUCAUAAAACGCCCCCACCUUGUGAGGACAUUAAGGAUUGCGCCUAUUGGAACAAAAAGUUUGACAUUUGUGAGGACAUCCAUGAAGCGAAGCACAUCUGCCGAAAAUUCUGUAAACUAUGCUCAUUAGUUGAUGGUAAAUGGGCUGACUGGUCCUCUUGGUCAUCAUGUGAUGUGACAUGUGGUCAUGGAAAGCAUACAAGAAUAAGAACAUGCACCAACCCAGCACCAGCGUACCGGGGUCUGGAUUGUAAAGGAAACAGUACUGAUACAAAACCUUGCGUUAGACCGUUGUGUCCAGUACACGGAGGGUGGAGCGAAUGGUCGGAAUGGGGAUCUUGUCCGGUCACAUGUGACAUGGGGAUUCAGAAAAGGCAUAGGACAUGCACUAAUCCAUACCCUUUAAGGUACGGCGACCAUUGUUUCGGCGACACAAUGGAUGUGAAAUUAUGCAAGGAAGUGUCAUGUGACAGUACAUCUUCAGAUGCUAGUGUUGCUUUCAAUGCCUACGGAGUAACAGACAUAAGUCCAAACAAAGGCCAGACAAUGGUGUUUUCAACAGUACUUACAAACAAGGGUGACUCCUACAACAGUUCUACUGGCGUCUUUGUGGCUCCAAGAAAUGGCACUUACAUAUUCCACGCACAAAUGUGCAUAUCGAGAAGUAAACACAUGCAUUUUGAUAUCAUGGUUGAAAGAACCUCAUAUGCGACUGCCUAUGGAUAUGCGUAUAACAGUUGUGAGUGUCCUUCAAUACAAGCUGUUGUGGAGCUGAAAACAAAAGAAAGGGUUUUUGUACAAUGGGGUACCACAUGGUCAUACGUUAGUACGUCAGUUAUCUGUAAAUAUUCUCCUUAUCACAAGAACUAUUUCUCUGGUGUGCUUAAUCAUGGCUAGACAUACCAAAAUUUAAAAAAGGGCCUUGCAAAAUCUUAGAACCGAAAAGUUAUCUUUUAUAGUUUGAAUCAGAAGACAGAAUAAUGAGCAGCAAUUGACUGCAAAUGAUUUUUAAUAGCAAGUUGUAGCCUUUCGUACACUGAUUAUUAGAAUUAUAUUUUGAUGAGUUAUAAUGGUGUAUCUAUUUCUUUUUCUUUUGUAAACCUAAACAAUAGAUUACUAACACAAUGUUUCAAUCGUAUAAGAAAUUUAUCACUGGCUAUAGGUGCUGACAUGAGUAUUCGGCUAGAGAGUAUUUUUUAGUCAGAACCGAGGUCCUGUCGCAUUACCAAAUAAACAGUAACCGCAGAGCCUGAUACUACCAUCCAGGUCUACAACCAGUGUUUGAAUCUUUUCUCAAGCAUUCUUUAUUCAUACAAUUAAAGUACAGUUAAAUCAAAGAAGCGGCUUUGUUUGCAGUACAUUUUUCUUACAGUAGCGUAUUGGAACAAAGAACAGAAAACAUUAUCUUCCUUAAACAAAAUUAACGACAUAUAACGCUAUAUUCGGUUACAAACGCAAAAGAAAACGUAUCGUUUUGGAUGCGUUUUGUAACUGGCAGCGUAAAACUAUGAAUUUUGUCGAGAAAUAUGCUGUGUUAGGAACACAGAUGACUAUCUAGGAAUCUGGAUUACUUCCGGUUCACGUGAAAACUUCUUCAUUAAUCAUCCACAUCAAUGUACAUGUAGUUCGUGAUAUGACAUUUACAUCAAAGAGCACACUUCUUACACAACGGAUUUAAGAUAAGUUUUUCCAGUACCGAUGAAAACACAGGAAACUCCAGUUAUGAAAUUAAAUCUGUUAAAAGAUCCCUUUAAAACGAAAUUGUAUCAUUGUAGAAAUUAGUGUUCUUCAAUGUACAAUAACUGUUUUUAAUGUUAUAAUUACAAGAUGAUUUCAUUUGUAGGAACGACAGUAACAGCUAAUUGUUGUAUAUAGCCAAACACGAAGUUUUUAUUUUGUGUACAAUUCAAAUUUACACCAUAAAAACGUAAUGCAUGAGUAUCUUUCUCGGUGUAAAAAUAUCAAUACCGCAAUGUUGUGUUUUAAUUUUGCGGAUUUAUCGUUGCAUAUACACGUGUAAAAUGAAUACUUCCUUCUUUACACUAAAUUGUUUUUAAAACUGUUAAAAAGUUAUGUUCAAAGUUAAUAAUGUGUUUUCCCGGUUUAAAAUACUUAAACGUGCUUAGCAUUUACAAACAAGUUUUUUUUUAUCAAAAUAGCAAGAUGUCUCAAGGUGUAUGCAUGUGAGUAAACUUUCAUGUGUAAGUGUAAAAUGUAUAUAUAUUAUGCAAUUCGUAUAUGGUUGCUACAUAUUUUUCAAAUGCUCUCAUAGUAAAGUUUCUGAAGGAUUUAAGAUGUAUGACAUAUUAAGUAGAAAGACUGACACUAUAUGAUGUACAUAUGAUGUACGCUGUGGCUCUCAACAUAGACAUUUGCUUAAUAUCUAUAUUUAAUGUAAAUUAGAAUAGUUUUAUUUCAAAUCAUAUCCUCGAUUUUUUCAUAAUAUUAUGUACGUAAAGCUUUAAACACUCAUGGAUCAUUAAUGGUUAAUGUUACAUGAAGAUUAAGAUUUUGGCAAUGUAAUCAAAUAUAAUAGCCACUGCAAACAAUAAAUAAUAUCCAACUUCCGGAGAAAAAGGAUGACACGAUUUUUCAAUAUUUUUCAUUUUUCGAUAAACUUAAACAUGCACGUACAAUGUAUAUGUGAAAAUGUAAAUCUUUAUAAGUAACAGCAUAAUGCCGAUAAAAAGUAAGAAUUUAAAGGUAUAAUAACAUAAACAAAGGUGACACUAUAUAAGUGUAUGUUGCCUUUCGUACACUAUAUUAAAUUAAGUAUUUUUAUACAAUGUCAAUGAUACGAUGAGGCAGAAAUAGUUAUCAACAUGUUUUGCAACGUCUGAGAAUUACCACCAGUUUUAAUCUUGAUCCGCCUAACUACAAAAUAUAAUUAAGUGACAGUGUGGUGAAAAAAAAAAAUUCUUUAUCAUAGCGUUGCGUAUGUGAGUUGUCAUUUACUGUAGCAUAACUCCAUUACAUAUCAUAACAUAACGAUUACAUGUUCAGUGUUUGUUUUAAAAAUAUCUAAAUCUUAUAAUAACGUACUUUUUAAUGCUACAGAUAAAUAGAAAAAAUGAAAAUUAUCAUUUUUCUUUUGAUAGUUGACAACCUUGGCUUUUACUUGACAAAGUAAAACUUUACAUAACAUUUUGACAAAAUUCAUACGAUAUCUCGUCAGUUCCUUCUAUUCAAAUAUGUUUACCAAUUUCAUUGCACGUAUAUUGUAUUAGCACAGCACCAUACAUUCGAAUCCUUCACCUUCACUACCUAUAUAUCUAUGACACUUUUAAUGAUGCAACGGUGUACGCAUUCUUGUAUGCCUGAUGUCUACCAUGUUUCUGAUAACUUUCGGCUAUAAUUUUAGUUUAUGUAUUUUAUAAGUUAAAAUAUUUAAACAGUUCGAACCAGUCAAAUUUGUCCAUCUGCUUCAUUAUCGACGCCGAAUUACGUGCAAGAUUAUUACUUUUAGACGCAAAAUUCUAAAUAUACGAUGCAAUGCAAAAUGAAUCAUUGAUCGCAAUUAUUGUGUAUCGUCUUUGUUUUUUCUUUCUUUUUUUUUUUGUUAUCCAGUAUUUUCUUUGGAUGUUGUUUGAAUUCUCAAUUCAUACAGAUGAAUAUAGAAACACAUUUUAGUUAGCUGAAACCAUUCUGUGCUGU